UGCAGCCCACCACGAGGUCGGAGGAGCGGAGGAGCCGCGGCCGGGCGCCCCGAGGUUGAGGCGGAGCGCCUAUCAGCUGCUCCGGGAGGGUUGCGAGGGGCUGGUGGGCGGCGGCGGCAGCGACGACGAGCGGAGUUUGGGCGUGUGCUGCUCGCUCCGUGCCUGGGACUCGGCUCGUGUGCGCACACAUGCACCGCCCCCCUUCACACACACAGACAUACAUACAAUUGUCCGACCCGACGCCGCCGUCACAGCAGCAGCAGCAGCAGCAGCAACAACAACAACAACAACAGCCACCUCAGCCACCUCAGCCAGCCGGCCUUGGCGUUCGGUGCCAAUGCGAGGAGGGCGCUACAAGCCGGGGGCUCCUCCGCCGCCUAGGUGGAAAGUUCACCUCUGCGUCGGGCCAACAGAGAACUGACGAAGAGCGGGUGGAGGCGAAAGGGACGUCGGCGUCGGGGAUUUUCCCUGCACCUUCCACCAGCCGGCUGCCCGCCCUCCGUGCAAACUUUGCAUUCCUCUCCACGCGUCCUUUGCCAAGCCCCGCUUCACUCCCUGCAGGAAGCCCAGCCUUGCUCUCCUCCUGCCUUGCGACCCAAAGAGCCUCGUUGGGGGCAGGGGGCGGGGCGGGGGAUCAGCCGCCGACAUUAGGUAGCUGUUCUGUGAGAGUUGCUGAGCUGCAGUUGGCCAGAAGAUGACAGAGUACAAGCUGGUGGUGGUUGGAGCAGGAGGCGUUGGGAAAAGUGCUUUGACCAUUCAGCUUAUCCAGAACCAUUUUGUGGAUGAAUAUGAUCCUACGAUAGAGGAUUCCUACCGAAAGCAAGUUGUCAUUGAUGGAGAGACAUGUUUGUUAGACAUCCUAGACACGGCAGGCCAAGAGGAGUACAGUGCCAUGCGAGACCAGUACAUGCGGACGGGAGAAGGCUUCCUUUGUGUGUUCGCCAUUAACAACACGAAGUCCUUUGAAGACAUCCAUCAAUAUAGGGAGCAGAUCAAGAGAGUGAAGGACUCUGACGAUGUCCCCAUGGUGUUGGUGGGGAAUAAAUGUGACCUUCCGGCCCGGACUGUGGAAACACGGCAAGCCCAGGAGCUGGCACGGAGCUAUGGGAUUCCUUACAUUGAAACAUCAGCCAAAACUAGACAGGGAGUUGAAGAUGCCUUCUAUACUUUAGUGCGGGAAAUCCGGCAGCACAAACUACGCAAAUUGAACCCUCCAGAUGAAAGUGGCCCAGGCUGCAUGAAUUGUAAAUGUGUAAUAUCAUGACCAAGCUGACCAGACUGUGACUUGGAGGGGUUCCACUGUGCUUGGUGCGGAGAUGGAGGUGAUGGGAAAGAAGAAUCAAAUGGAUUCAUGGGGAGAGGACAGAGAAGGUGGUGUCGGUAGGCCCCCACGAGCUCCGCAUGGAUUGUCUGCAAACGUCACCAUGGCCUGCAAUGAACUGUGUUGUUUUUUUAAAAAUUUAACUCCUUUUUUGCCUUCUCUCCCUUCUAGAAAUUUGUAGAAAGCCAAGAUUGAAUUGCAGUAAAUUAUUAUAUGAUGGUCUUGA